AUGGGAGUCCGCAGCCUCGAUGUCUAUCUCCGUGAACGGAGACUCACGUCGUCUGCGCCAUUGAGCGCGCUUGCCAACACUCGUCUCGGCAUCGAUGUCAACUAUUACGUGCGGACGCUGCUGUCCGACCCAGACCAGCGCGAGCCGCUCAUUGCCUCAACAGGCGGCCUUCCUCUCUCGCUUGCGAACCGCAUCGAGAGUGACUUGCGCCAGCUCGACAAGCAUAACAUCAAGCCCGUGUUCGUCUUCCCCGGACUUCCUCUAGCCCAGCGUACCCCUCCCAAGGGCCCAAACCCCCAGGCCGAUAGAGAGAACGCCGUGAAGAACGAAGCAUGGGCCUACUACGAGGACGGCCAGGUCGAUCGCGCGGUGAUCGCAUUGACGCAGGUUCGUAACGGCAUGUGGGUCGACAUGCAGGACGUCGUCCGACUCCUUCUCCGCGCGUUCAAGCACCGCUUCGUUGAGUAUGUCAUGGCGCCCUAUCUCCCCGGAGCCCAGCUCGCGUACCUCCUCAAGCACCCCAAGGGUUACAUCCACGCUAUUUGGUCGGACUCGGAGGCUCUGCUUUGGCCCGUCGACAGAGUCAUUACCUCAGUCGACUGGUCCGGCUCGUUCACCUAUUACGACAAGCCGCGCAUCCUGGCCGACAUGAGCUUUAGCUAUGACCAGUUCCUCGACUUGGCCCUGUUGGCAGGCUGCAGCCUGAACCGCACCUUCCCUCUAAUCUCGGAGAACUUCUCGAUGAGAUCCGCAAUGGAGUACCUCCGGACUGGCAAGUCUGGCCUCGGAGUCUGCCAGGCAUGGGCGGUGCAGCUGAAGGGAUCCGGCUAUCUCGAGAGCUUCAUGCGCGCCCGCCUGGCGAUCAAGUAUUCGCUCGUGCUCACCACCGAGGGAGCCUGCCUUCCCCUACCUCUCGUUGUUCCUCCUCCCGGCCAGGUCGUCACGCCUGGCGAUGUUCCCUCGGAUCUGGACGACAUCUUCUCGCCCCGACUCCCCGACGAGCUGUACUUCCUCCUUUGCCGUGGCAUGGUCUCGGCGCAGCUCGUUGGCUACCUUGCCUCUGGCGUCAUUGAUGAGCGCCAACCGCUCGCCGAUUCACCAGAGUACCGUCGCUUCAUCAAGGACAUCAUCACCGAGGGCGCUACUUCGCCACGCUGUACCACUCUUGCCCUUCUCAGUGCUCCUCUCCAUCAUCAGUGGGCGCAGAAGCGAAUUAAUGCCCAUUACUACUUUGACCCACACUAUUCUCCGCCCCAGGGGGCCGCAGUCCCAACGACCGACCUCUUGACACUGUCUCUUGUUAACAAGUGCUCUACUUGGAUGGUCCCGCACCACGUCCUCGGUGACGAGUUGCGACGUCAGUCGUCGUCGACUAUUGAUCUCAAGCUCUGCAUCGGCACGCUCGAGAAGGAGGAGACAAUUGCGACGACCAAGAAGGAGAAGGGGUCCAAGGUGCUGGAGAGGAAGGACGAGGUUGUUGCCAACAUUAUCUGGCGCUUCCUGGAUGUGCGAGGUUUCGUCAACAACAACCACCACCAGUCACCGAUCGGAAAGGCAUUCCACGCAGCCUGCCAAGCUGCUCGCGUGACUGACAAGCUCCAGGAGCCAAUCUACAUCGUUCUCGAGCUUCUGAGGGCGGGCGUUGUUCAUGGCAACAGAUUCGGAGGCCCAUCGGCGAUGGCUUUGUCUGGUGGGCCAAGCUUCGGGUCAGACGAGGAACAAGCAUACACGCUGUUGUUCAUGCGUGUUCUGAGUGUGGUUCCUCUGAACUUCCGCUCCGAGCAGUGGUCUGGUCCGCUGUCGCGCGAGUUGUUGGUAUUCAACUCGUUUGUGAAGGCAACGACCAAGGCUUUGCGACAGCUGCUGGAGGCGCUCAAUGUGCACAUCCUCCUCUCUGGUGACGCUCGACGCAUGCGCGACGACUAUCUGGACAUGUGCAUCAGCCUCCCCUUCCAGAGCGACAUGAACACGGGCUUUGGCAUUCUUGCUAAGACGUACCUCGACGCUGCGAUCCACUACAACGAGGCCGACAUUACUGAAGAGAACGCAAAUUCGGAGGGAGUCAAGAACGCGAAAGCGAUGGCUUUGGAGUUUGUCGACGAGGCGUUUACUGGCGUCAAGAACCCAACAAACGAGGUUGAGCGUGGAUUCCGUUUCUGGGAUGCUAUCAUGGUCGCUAUUCGCAUGGCCAACCAGGAACAAGGGCCCAACCCCUCUGUCGCCAACACUGCCAUCCAGCUCAACGUUAUCGAGGAGUUUGAGCGUGCGGACAGGUGGCUGCGGCCAUUCCGGCCUUAG